AAGCCAGUAAAAGCUGAAGAUUUGGCCAAUGCUUCUAUUGCUCCCGAGAAUAUCUGAUGAAGUCAUGGAAAGAUGCAGGGAGCUUCCUGUCAUCUUUAGGUACUUGUUCUUUUUCUAUUGCUACAGUAUAGACAGGUGGAGAAGUUGAACUACUAAAUGAUUGGCGAGUUGAUACAAAAUUCUAAGCACAUCAUAUGUGUCUCUAACUCUUUAAAUGUCACAAUUCACACAAUUACACUCUGCUGUUACUUGGGAGGGGAUGAAGAUAAAUGGUGCAUCUAAAUGUAGAGAGAAGAUUUCUUGUUGAAUUUCUUUCUCAAUUGUGUCAACUUUAAACCUCAAAUUCCAAUUGUUCAUUUCAUUUGUAUCUCUAGGAGGAUGUGUGAUAUUUUUGACAAGAUCUUGUUUUGGCUGCCAAAAACGACUUGUAUCUGCUCAGUUCUCAAAUUUAUUCAUGUUUCUUUUUCUUCUUUUGGCUAUAUCCAUAGACAAACUGCCUGUUAGAAUUGUGAAUCAAGUAAUGCAGUUGAUCCUGUUGAUCUUCUGAUACUCCUUUUGAAAACUUUGAAGCAGAUUAAGACAGCAGGGGUGACAAAAGGUCUGAAAUUUAGAAUAAGAUACCAUUAUGUAUUAAUGCUCUAUGCUUGACUCCUGCAAAUAUGGUUAUUGUAAUCAGAUUAUGGAGGUUUUUGAGUGCCUAAAGAUGCAAAUCAAAGCCGCAAUAUAGGCGUCAUCUUCUCUUCAGAGAAGUUAUGAAGAAUGGUUUACUUUUAUCUUCAUGUUCAGAGUUUCAAACCGUUGAGAUAUGAUGUUAGUAGCAUGGACAGUCUUUCUGAAUUAU